ACCAUUUGGAUGGAGCCACUUUAUAAUUCUUUCUUUGUCGGUAGUGGAUUUAGUGAUUCCAAUAAUUCAUAACCACACCACACACACACUAUUAGUAUUCACUAUUUUCAUCACAAAUUCCCCAUCUUCACCUUUAAACAACCAAAAAAAAAUUCUAGUUGUUAAUCUUCGUAACUUUUUGAACCAUACAGCCAGAUGUUUCCUUCAUAUUACACGAUUUAAAUCGAGAUCGAAGAAACUGAUGAAGAAUGGAUGCAGCUCACUAUAUAAGAAGACACCACAGGCAUACUCUUGGACAUAAACAGUGCGCUUCUGUCGUCGUUAGACACAUCAAAGCUCCCGUUGAUAUCGUGUGGUCAUUAGUAAGGAGAUUUGAUGAACCUCAGAAGUACAAGCCCUUUGUUAGUAGGUGCACUAUGCAUGGGGAGAUUAAUAUUGGAAGUGUUAGAGAGGUGAAUGUCAAGUCAGGGCUUCCAGCCACUACCAGCACAGAGAGGUUGGAACUUCUUGAUGACAAGGAGCACAUACUUGGCAUCAAAAUUGUUGGUGGUGACCAUAGGCUAAAGAACUAUUCGUCAAUCCUAACCGUUCAUCCAGAGGUAAGCGAAGGAUCUGGGACGUUAGUUGUGGAGUCAUUUGUGGUGGACAUACCCGAUGGCAACACUAUGGAAGAAACAUGCUACUUUGUUAGAGCCUUAAUCAAUUGCAACCUUAAAUGUCUUUCAGAUGUCUCGGAAAGAAUGGCCAUUUGUCCGGAUUCAGGCAUGAAAAGAUCAGAAAUGGCUCAUGGUGUUCCGGUUUAGCGUCUUCUAUUUUGUUAAUGUUCAAGUUAUUGUAGAACAUAUAGUUGGUUAUGAGAUUUACUGGGUAUGGUUGUUGUUGUUAUUGUUGUUGUUUUAGUGGCAGCUCAGUGUUUGCAAGACUGCAAACAUUUUGUAGCGGUUUAUAUUUCCUAAGACAUGAUUCCAAACAAAUGGCAUUUGGGUUA